GCUGACGCCGCUCUCAAUUUCCGAUAGCGUAGCGAGACUCUACCCUGGUGCGAAUGAACUGCUGAAGGGGUUCAAAGGUUCGAGUCCCACUGUGGGAAUGAGCCUUUUUGACCUCUUUCGGGGCUUUUUCGGUUUUUCUGGACCUCGGAGCCACAGAGAUCCCUUUUUUGGAGGGAUGACUCGAGAUGAAGAUGAGGAUGAUGAGGAAGAGGAAGGAGGAGCCACGUGGGGUUCUUGGAACCCAAGGUUUGAUGGUUCCCAGCCCCCAGAUGAAUUUGGCUUCAGCUUCAGCCCAGGAGGAGGGAUGCGUUUCCACAAUAACUUCGGUUUUGAUGACCUAGUACGGGAUUUCAAUAGCAUCUUCAGCGAGAUGGGAGCCUGGACCUUGCCUUCCCACCCUCCUGAACUUCCAGGUCCUGAGGCAGAGACACCUGGUGAGAGGCUGCGGGAGGGGCAGACACUUCGGGACUCAAUGCUUAAAUACCCAGAUAGUCACCAACCCAGGAUCUUUGGGGGGGUCUUGGAGAGUGAUGCAAGACCUGAAUCCCCAAAACCAGCGCCAGACUGGGGGUCCCAGAGACCUUUUCAUAGGUUUGAUGAUAUGUGGCCUGUGACUCCCCUUCCUAGAGCCAGAGAGGACAAUGAUCUUGAUUCCCAGGUUUCCCAGGAGGGUCUCGGUCCAGUUCUACAGCCCCAGCCCAAAUCCUAUUUCAAGAGCAUCUCUGUGACCAAGAUCAUUAAACCAGAUGGGAUAGUGGAGGAGCACCGGACUGUGGUGGACAGUGAGGGCCGGAGAGAGAGCACAAUAACUCAUCAAGAAGCGGAUGGCAGUCCAAGAGGUGAAUCACCAAGAUCUCCAGCUCUGGAUGAUGCCUUUUCCAUCCUGGAUUUAUUCCUGGGACGUUGGUUUCGGUCCCGGUAGCUUUGUUAACCAUCAGAAGCACCAGGUCCUUUCCAUUGCCCACUAUCAGUAAGCUUAGCUUCUUCUGUCACCUCAGGGGCUUGGGUGUGUGGAACAGUAAAUUGGGGUAUGUCAGUCUGUUACUCACUCAAACUGAUCAAUAAAACCUUUAUUUAUGCUAAAGGUCUUGGUCUUGGUUUUGUCAAGGCUGCUUCACUUUCCAGAACCAUCUAGGGCUUCC